AAUUCUGGUCUUUGAGGUUUAAACCCGGGCUCCUCCGUCCCUUCCUGGCUCCGUUCUCCACGCCCGGGGUCCGAGGAUUCCUGCGGGCGCCACAGGCCCCGCAGCCGCCCGUCAGACCCGCGGGGAGUUCGGCCUUGCCCUGAGACGCUCAGGGCGCCUGUCCCUCCGCUCCCUAGUCCAGUGGUCCGUGUCUGUUUCCGGUCGAAGUCGCCCCGAGGCCUUCCACAGAACCCAGUCCCCUCCUGAAACUCUGCCGCCUUCGUCGCCCUCCCGCGGCCGGGGACACCGUCAGCGCCUCGGGGAGGCCCGUGAGCCCGGGACUGAGGGAAGAGAGCGAGUUUGUCCUGUGACAACCCAUGUCCUUGCGCCCCCAGACCUGCUCCCCCUAGGGGUUCGCGUGCUGGCUCCCGCUGGAAAGGGAGCGCCUCCAUCCCGGAGAGUGUCGCGGUGUGUCGGGAGGAUGAGGAGAAAAGACAAGGAGAGGGGACGAAGAAGGGACGGCAAGGGCUUAAAACGGAGUAACGUGGGGGAUGGGAGGUGGGUGGUUACAGAGGACUUUGAAAGAAGCAGUGAAAGUGAGGAAGAAUGUGGCCUGGGGAGAACAGUAUAGCUUGUGAAGACAGGUCAACACGGGAAUAGGGACAAUAUAGUGAGACUCUGACCAACAGUGGCCGCGGGCGAUGGAAGGGGAUAUUGCAGACGCGUUAGAUAAGUUUUUUAAAGUUCUAAAUUGCUUUCCCUAUUAAAGUGUUCUUUGUUGAUUAGUAAAUAAUGUUACAGUAUUUCUGUGUGCAGUUGUUGGAGAUAUUGAUUUUUGUCUUCCCAUUCAAAACUAGAUUUAAACAGGUAGUGUAAUACUCAACACCUUCCUUCCUUUUAUGUGAUUUUUUUUUUUCUAAGAUUUUCUUUAUCUAGAGAGAGCACAAGCAGGGGGAGUAGCCAGCUGAGGAAGGAGCCCAAUGUGGGACUCGAUCCCAGGACCCCGGGAUCAUGACCUGAGCCAAGGCAGAUGCUUAACCGACUGAGCCACUCAGGCGCCCCAUUUGUGUGAUCCUUUAAUUACAUGAUCUGAGAACUAAAGUUUCCAACUAAGUAUAUGAUGUCUUCAAAUUUUCUGUCCUUUUUUUUUUUUUAAACCAAAUAUUGUAGGAUGGAAUGCAUCAUUCUGGAACUUCAUUCUAACAUGUCUCAUCUAAUCAUGAUAAACACAGUGCUCAAAGGUGACAGGUGGGCUUCACCAGGAUGCAGGGGCAUUAUGAAGCACAAGGCAGACACCUGUUCCUCUCCAUCUGCAAGUUUAUCAUCCCUGUUCCCUGGUGCUUUAGUAGACUGCAGAGGACCACCUUUUCCACGUGCUGAUUUCCUCCCUACCACAUCGAUCCCAACGUGCCAUUACUGUUCGUGGAUCUGUAAAGAGUCAACCCCUCUGCAGGUUUCUGAGGGUUCCUACCGUCUGGGUAUGAUCAUUACAAAGGAUUCUCCUGUACUUUGGAAUCUGAAGUCAUCUCUUUGGAGAAUAGCUGCAGUUCCAGCUCCUUGACUCUGUGUUUGUACUUCCUCUCUGUUUCUCUUCGUCCAGCCUCAAGCAUCCCAGGCAGUGCUUUGCCUCCUGUUGCUGAGACUGUGUAUGAGUGAAAACCCAGAAGACCCUUGGCAACCGAGCUACUAAGAAUGGACUCACAAGAAUCAGUGACCUUUGAGGAUGUAGCUGUAGACUUCACUCAGGAAGAGUGGGCCCUGCUGGACAGGUCCCAGCGAAGACUCUUCAGAGAUGUGAUGCUGGAGAACAUCAGUCACCUGGUCUCAAUUGGCAGACAACUCUACAAGUCAGACACGAUUUCCCACUUGGAACCAGGAGAGCAACUUUCAAAAGGGAUAGGUUUGCUGCAAUGCCAGAGCCUAGAUAGGGAAGAUGAUCUUAAAAAACAAGAAAUGAUAUUCAUGCAACAUAUCUGCAAGAAGGAUACAACAUUAAUCAGUGCAAUGCAGAGAUCUCACACUCAAGAGGAUCCUUUUGAAUGCAGUGAUUUCGGAGAAAAUUUUACUGAAAUACUAACAUGGACACAAUAUGUGGUACCGAAAAUGGGAAAGAAACCCUAUAUCGGCAAAGAAUGUGGAAAAAACAGCAGUUAUUUGACAUCUUUUAAUAUACAUAAGCAGAGUCACACUACAAGUAAAUCAUAUGAAUGUCAUCAACGUGGGAAUGCCUUUAUUCAAAGCUUGCCCUGUAGACCAACCAAUAAUAAUCAAAGUGGAGAGAAAACAUUUGAAUGUCAUGAAUGUGGGAAAGCCUUUGGAAAAAGUUCUAACCUUAGGCGACAUGAGAUGAUUCACACUGGAGUGAAACCACAUGGAUGUCAUCUAUGUGGGAAAGCCUUCACUCAUUGUUCCGACCUUAGAAAACAUGAGAGAAUUCACACUGGAGAGAAAUCAUAUGGAUGUCAUCUGUGCGGGAAAGCCUUCAGUAAGAGUUAUAACCUUAGGCGACACGAGAUGAUUCAUACUAGAAAGAAACCACAUGAAUGCCAUCUAUGUGGGAAAGCCUUCACUCACUGUUCUGACCUUAACAAACAUGAAAGAACUCACUUUGGAGAGAAACCAUAUGGAUGCCAUCUCUGCGGGAAGACAUUCAGUAAAACUUCUUACCUUAGACAGCAUGAGCGAACUCAUAAUGGAGAGAAACCUUAUGAGUGUCAUCUCUGUGGGAAGGCCUUCACUCACUGUUCUCACCUCCGAAAACAUGAGAGAACUCACACUGGAGAGAAACCAUACGAAUGUCAUCUAUGUGGGAAAGCUUUCACUGAAUCUUCUGUCCUUAGACGACAUGAGAGAACCCACACUGGAGAGAAACCGUAUGAAUGUCAUCUGUGUUGGAAAGCCUUUACUGAUUCUUCUGUCCUUAAACGACAUGAGAGAACUCACACUGGAGAGAAACCGUAUGAAUGUCACCUAUGUGGGAAAGCUUUCAAUCACUCUUCUGUCCUCAGACGACAUGAGAGAACUCACACCGGUGAGAAACCGUAUGAAUGCAAUAUAUGUGGAAAAGCCUUCAAUAGAAGUUAUAACUUUAGAUUGCAUAAGAGAAUCCACACUGGAGAGAAACCAUAUAAAUGUUACGUAUGUGGGAAAGCCUUCAGUAAAUAUUUUAACCUUAGACAACACGAGAAGAUACAUGUAAAGGUAAUAAAUGUGGAAGAUUCACCACCUAUAGCUUCAAACUAUAAGCACUCUUGAGGGCUCAAACACUCAAGAAACACUAUGUUUAUAAUCAGUGUGGGAGAGCAUUUAUUCAUCCUUAUUACUUCACUCAACUGAAGGUAAUCCAAAGUAGAGAGAAUCCCUAUGUGGGUCAUCUAUAUGACAAAACCUUUAGAUAAUGGACUGACAUGAAGGAAUGUAAAUGAAGUGAGUGUGGAAGAAUUUUCAUCCACGGUUCUGUCAAACAAAAUGGAGAAGUUACAUGUCAGAGAAAAUAUGUAAUCAACGCAGAAAUACUUUCAUUUAUCCUUUAAAUAAGCGAAUUGUGUAGGAGAGAUUCUAGAUCUGUAAUCACUGCACUCAUUCAAUUUAGCAACACAUUUGGCAUGCAGAAGAAAGCUGCUAAAACAAGAAAUAAGUGGGAAAAAAUCCUUAGGAAGACAAGAGAAUUUUGUUGCCAAAGGGUUGUGUUCAGUGAGAACUAGGACCUGAAGAAGAUUGAGGACAUUGGAGUAUCCUAUUUCAAGAAUGCUUAACAGACUUACAGUGAUGUCUGUAGUGACAAAGCACUGCCUCUACUAGUGGCAGAACCCAGUUUGGCAUAGCUAGAAGCAGAGACAAUCUGACCCUGCCCACAGCCCCGUCACAACAGCCACGAUGCACAAAUCACCCAGCUGAGGAGACCUGUGCGUCCCAGUUCCCCCUACAUGCAAAUUAAGAAAGCCAGACCAGCUGGCACUUUUCUUCUGCUGGGUUAACAGGCCGAGUCAUUGGUACUCACUCAUUUGAACACGAUUAGUCAUCUUUGUUCACAAGUGGCAAAAAAGAGAAUGCAGAUGCUUAUAAUUAACUUAUAAUGUUAUGAGUAUGCAAUGCCCUUUUCAGUCCCCACUUUAUCUCUGUCCUUCGGUUUGAAAAUAUUGAUGUCCUCACACUAAUUUGUUUUCUAUGUGUAAAGUCUUAAACUCACCCAUUAAUGUCACCAACAGGACAUAGUUUCCCAAACCUAGAACUAUUGAAUUUCUCCAUCUUCUCGUGUUUCUUACAACUUCUAUUUUGUGCAGUAACAUCAUAAAUUUUCCUCCUAAUUCCAAUCUAAAUAUAUGUAUGUGGAUUUGUUCAGUGUCUUUUUUUUUUCCAUCACCUUUACUGUUGCUUUGCAAGGAUGUUUUUGUAUUUUUUAAUUUAUUUCACACGUUGUCUUAAAAAAAAAAA